CAGCGUUAUAAGUAGGGGUGAGGGAACUGGGAGAGGGCAGACAUUUGGAAAACAGGCAAGACUUUGGAGAAAGCAGACCAGGUAUGAUGGCCACUUUGCCACCAACAGCCCACACUUCCCAGCAACCUGUAAACAUAGAGGACGAAGAUGGGAUCCUGGAUGAGUAUGACCAGUACAGCCUGGCCCAAUCUUAUGUCGUCGGUGGAGGUCGGAAAGGACGUACCAAGAGAGAAGCUGCUGCCAACACCAACCGCCCCAGCCCUGGUGGGCAUGAGAGGAAGCUGCUGACCAAGUUCCAGAACUCUGAAAGGAAAAAGGCCUGGCGCUGAGACAGAGCUGGAGAUGAGGCCAGACCACGGACACCACACCCAGCAAUGGAUACAGGACCUUGGAGAAAUUAGGAGUUGUAAGCAGGACCUAGGCCUGCUUGAUUCUUUCCCACCUAAGUGAGGCUCUGGAGAGGGAACACCAAAAAAAGCCCUUCCGGACCCAGCUAAAGGGCAAGUUAGGAGCGAGAAGCAGAGGGUAGAUGGGCAGAGCUAAGAAGGCACCCCCAAAAAGAACAGUGGGAAAAACUGGAUGCCCUUGGGUGGCAGUAACAAUAAACUGUACAACAGUGACAGCA